ACUGGUGCUGGCCGAGUAGUCGACCACACGUUGCACAAUCCUGAAGUUGAAUCGUAAAAAAAUUUCAAGUUUUGCGUGUCUGUGAGAAAAAAAAAGGGAGAUCUUUUAGUUUCACCGCGUGUCAUCUCGUGAUUUUGGAAAAAAUUACUUUCAAAAAAACCAAUCAUGGGUGAUGAAAACUGGGAUACCGAAGCUGGAGGAACAACGUUCGAUGCUCCUUCGGCAAUAGUACCGGAAUUGCCAGAAAUAAAAUUAUUCGGCAGAUGGAGUUGCGACGACGUUCAAAUUUCCGACAUGUCUUUGGAAGAUUACAUUGCCGUUAAAGAAAAGUAUGCGAAGUAUUUACCCCACUCUGCUGGACGUUAUGCGGCGAAACGUUUUAGAAAAGCCCAAUGCCCUAUUGUGGAACGAUUAACCAAUUCAUUGAUGAUGCACGGGCGUAAUAACGCAAAAAAAUUGAUGGCUGUUCGAAUUGUUAAACACGCUUUCGAAAUCAUUCACCUGUUGACCGGCGAAAAUCCCUUACAAGUUUUGGUAACAGCUAUCAUUAAUUCCGGACCACGAGAAGACUCCACUAGAAUCGGUCGCGCCGGUACUGUCAGAAGACAAGCUGUCGACGUAUCUCCUCUUCGAAGAGUUAAUCAAGCUAUCUGGUUAUUGUGUACUGGAGCUCGAGAAGCUGCAUUCAGGAAUAUUAAAACGAUCGCUGAGUGUUUGGCCGAUGAAUUGAUGAAUGCUGCUAAGGGUUCAUCCAACUCUUACGCUAUCAAGAAGAAGGACGAAUUGGAGCGUGUGGCUAAAUCUAACCGUUAAUUUUUUUUAAUGAUAUUUUAAUUAAAUUUAAUAAACAGAUCCGUUUAUUAAUGGUGAA